AUGAAGACUCGAGGUCGUGGUUCAUCUUCCAAGUCUGUGAAGUCUCAGCAGGAGACACUUCUUGAAUCUGUUCCCACUGCCUCUCCUUCGGUCCCAGCAUCAAUCCCUGCUGUCUCUCCUACUCCAGGCCGUCAUUCUAAAACCACAGCAAGAAAGAAGGUUCUUGCUCUUUCGGGUCCUAUAAGUUCAUCUGUUCUUGGUGCUUCUACCAAAGGAGUUACGUUCCCGAAUUUGGAUGCUGAGCCAAUCCCAGCCUCGGCGGUUUCACUCGCCUCUCCCGAAGGUCAAAUAAAAGCCAAACCGGCCUUGGCAACUAGUCAGUCCAAAUCAAUUUCUACUGAAGAUGUGUCUGCUCCAUCUGAUCAUGACUCUGAAUCCUCACUAUCUCCUGAUGUGUUGACACCCAAGGCAAAGGGCAAACGUAAGUCCAAAGAUGUUGGGUCGAAGAAAGGGAAAAAGGCCAAAGUGGCUAAAUCUAAAGGUACCAGCUCCAUCUCUGAUUCAUCUCCUUUAUCUCGUUUUAAAUUAAAGGACAAAAUCUAUCCUCCCCCAUGCACCUCAUCGGAGGAUGUCUCUCCCGAGAUGGAAGACUCUCAGCCUGAUUUAGACCCUUCUUUGACCGAGCCAAAUCCUGAAGUUCCUCUUGAUGAUUUGGCUGAGGAGACUGAAUCUGAAGACGACCCAUCAGAAGCCUCUCCUGUUGCAUCUGACCCAAAAGGCACCACUCCAUUGGCAUUUCCCAAAUUGUCUUCCAAACUUGCAAAGCAAAAAGUUUAUGUUAGGGGUCAUUGGUAUAAUUUUAGCCUGUCCGAUAUUGCUAAGGCUCUCAAUCUCAUCCUUGUGGAGAUUGAUGAUUCUUUUGAAUUUGCAAAGGACCAAGUUUUGUCUGAACUGGUUGGUCAGGCUAUGGUGUGGGAACCAAGCACCUCUCUUCGAGUCACCGAUCUCACUCAUUACUAUGGUGCUCUUUUCAAAUUUGCUAUGUUUAAUUGGAUGCCUACCACACAUUCCUCCACGAUCACUCAAGAUAUGGGCUUCCUGUUGUUCAAAAUUGGUACUGGAGUCGCCAUAGAUCUUGGAGCUGUUAUUUUUGACCAAAUUAUGUCUCUAAGUGGUGCCAAACGUAAGGGGCAACACUUGUUGUUUCCACAGGUCAUUUAUAAACUUUUGGACUCUCAACGUCCUCUAAAGAAGUCUCAUGAGACCUUGACUUCUCCCCUGGUUGGUCCCACCUAUACAGUCAAAGAUGAUCAUCCUCCAUCCACAGCUCGGAAAGUCAAAGGAAUUAAUCUUGCUGGUCCUGCUUCUGGAAAUGUUGUGACCGAAUGUCCUGCUGUCCCGACAGAUCUUGCUGCUGUCCAGACAGGGAUUCAAAGGCUUUCUGACUGGUUCUCUCAAAUGGAGGAGACUCAGCGCACCAUUCUCGCUUCAUUGGCCAUUCUCAAUGCAUCCAACUCUCAUGCCCCAUGA